UUUUGUCCAAUCACGUUUAACGUGACCACUGUACUUCCUAGUUGAGAACUCGUGCUUUGCUUCUGGAGGCUUGCACGUUUUCUUUGUACUUAAGUAAGGCGAUGAAGAAGUCUGUGAAAUCUGAAUCAAAUCUUCCUAAAAGGAAGAAGCUGAGCUCAAUCGAGAGUCCAAUUCCUGUAGAAGAAAUAAUGGAAAUUAAAUUAAAAAAGAAAAGGAAGCACAUGAAAGUAGAGAAGCCUUCUAUAGCGACAACUACAAAGGGCGAUAAAAAAUGGAAAAAAGACAAGAAACACAAAAAGAAACCUGCAGAUAGCAAACAACAAACAGAGCAAACGAAGAGCCCAGAUCCAUCCAGCUAUCCAGAGAGGAUACAUGAUCCAGAGGAAGAAGGGGACCAAGAAGAAGAACUGAGCCCUGAAGAGAAGCGAGUCCUGGAGAGGAAGAUGAAGAAGAUUUUGAAAAAGGAGGAAAAGAACAGGCUCAAUGUUGAGGGAAAGACAGUUGAGAAAAUUAAAGCAUCUGAGCCCACCGCAUCUCAACAGGCUUUGGAUUACCUCAGAUGCUGGGCUGAAAACCGGUUAAUGUGGAAAUUCCAGAAAACCAGGCAGACAUGGCUACUGCAGCACAUGUUUGACUCUGAAAAGGUUUCAGAGGAAAAUUUUUAUGUGCUGCUGAAGUAUCUGGAAGGGCUUCGUGGAAGUGCGAAGGACACGACCGUGCAGAAAGCCUUAACCCUGGUUGAAGAGUCAGGACAAACACCCGAGGACACAGUUGUUCAGCAGAGGGCGCACAGAGCCAGAGAAGUUAUUCAGCUGUUUUCCUGAGCCAUGACAACUCAAGGACAGUAUGAAAUUACCCAGAAAAAGACUCCUGAUAAGAAGACUGACAGAAAGCUCUGAUAUUGAGGUUGUACCGAAACUUGUUUUUCUGUAAAGAACUUUUGAGUGGUCCAUAUAAUUUUGUCAAAAUCCCCAGUAUGGUUAAAAUGUUUUAAUUAAACUUAAUUUUUGUUCCUUAGGUUUUCAGUAUUGUGUACAUUUAUGCCACUGUCAGAAACAAUAUAAACUCAUACAAGUUAUGUAUUAAGCUUGAGUGUUACUUGUUUCACUACUUUUUCCAUCUCACAUAGGUAAGAAUUUACAAGUUGAUGCCAAGUUGUCAGAAUGGACAGAUAAUUUUAGAGACGUGAAUUUCUCAAGGUGAGGUGGAAAACUGUAGAGUUAAAUCUCAGGAAUGUUUGUAGUCAUGACAUGCUUGUGCACGCCAAGGUCUAUAAUCAGUGAAGUUACUGACAUGAAUAACUUUUUUUUAUUAUUAUCCAUUCAAGAUACAACUUUGAACAAUUUGUCUUCUCUUGAAGCUCAUUGUGUAGCAUUUAUGGAAUGAGUGAGUCUUUAAGAUGGCCUGCUGAGAUCAAUCUCAGGGGUCACACAGUCAGGUGGAUGGUGGAAAGUUGAGCUCAGGUGGCACAAUUUAAACAAAAGUCCUCUAUGUAGGUUAAGACUGGUAACCUG